AUGGCAAGCUUGGAAGCAAAGGAGGAGACUGUCACUGAACCCAAAACGGGGGUUAACUUCCCACGUGCAUUGCACGAUGGUUUAGAGAUGAUGGGAGUGGGCUUGAGGAAGAAGAACUUGCUUGGUCUUGUUCCCCUCAAAAUCUAUGCCUUUGGAAUCUAUGCAGAUAAAGAAAGAUUGAGAGAGAUCGUAAAGGCAAAAUUCGAAAGCGCUCCGAGUGAGCCAAAAUCCGAGUUAUACAAUGUCGCAAUAGAUGCGGAUAUGGCUACUGUGGCAAGGUUGGUGGUGGUUUAUGGAGGGUUGAACAUGGGUACAGUCCGAAAGAUUUUCAAUGACAACCUCGGUGCAUCCAUUAAAAAGCUUUCCCAGGGUGAGAACAACGACGAGCUCUUACAAAGGGUUUUAGGAGAAGUAAGGGAAGAUUUAAAGCUCCCACCGGGCUCCGUUAUAGAGAUUGCCAAACUCCCGGGUUUUGUCCUACAAACUAAAGUGAUGGACGAGGUAGUGAGCAGAGUGGAGAGCGAGGUGUUGUGCAGGGCUUAUUUCAACAUGUAUUUGGGGGAUGACCCACUUGACCCGGAGGCCAAGGACCGAUUUGGACGCUCUCUACUCUCCCUUUUCAACAACCAAUAA